AUGAUGAAUAAUCGGCGACGCUCUCAUUCGGCCACACGUCUUGAAAUUCGCAAUCGUUUUGCGCCACGAUUUUCAAGUUCUAUACGAAUUGAUGCAACAAAAUUAUGCACCCAGUCAAAUGAGUGUCAUUUUGUUGGAAUAGAUAUGAAACGAGCAUAUAUUAAGGAAGGUGCUGUACAGUUGACAGCUUUGGACUCGCUACUCACUUCUUCGCGGUAUUUCUUCCUCUUCUCCGAUCUUCUUCUUAUCGCCAAGCAAAAAGCAGCGAAUAGUUACAAAUUAAAAGAAAAAAUUCGCUUGGAUCGAAUUUGGUUGGUAUCAAAUGAUUGCCCACAUUCUUUUCUUAUCGGAUGGCCAAUUUAUAAUUUCAUCGCUCAUUUUGCAACAGAAGAUCAGAAACAAGAAUGGGAGAUGCUAUUGCAACAACGAAUAUUACGAAGUCGUGCGAAAUUUUCACCCAAAUUUACAACGAUCCCAGUUUCGGUACUAAUCGAUGGACGUACGCAAGUGAUGAAGAAGAAAAUUGGUAUGUCACAAACGACAAAUGAAAUUUUACGUGAACUUAUCAAUGAAUUAGCUAUACCAAUGGAGGAAGAAGUGGAAUUGUCAUUUGAUGCGGGUAAUGGAGAUGGUAUUAGCACACUUCAAGGACCAGAAUGUGUCUUUUGUAUUGUUAUGGAACAUGUUAAGAAUACCGGUUAUCGAUUAUCCGAGAUACAGCUGGAAAAGAUCGAUGCUAUACCGUUAAUUCAAUGUCGUUUAGUGUUGGCUUCCGUUGGCAACAGUCAUUCAUCGACAUCUUCCAUUGUUUCUCAUUUCAAGCGUGUACUAAGUCGAUCGGAAUCGCGACGCUUCUUUGGACGACCACUGGAAGGCUCAUCGCCACCUCAACCAGUAUUAACCAUGAUUGAUCACUUGAUGCUUCACGGAGUAGACAUCGAAGGUUUGUUUCGGAAAUCACCCAAACAGAGUACUGUACGUAUGCUACGUGCUCAACUUGAUCGUGGCUCAGUACCGGAUUUCUAUCAAUUUAAUCCACAUGUCACCGCUGCUCUUCUGAAGGAAUAUCUUCGUGAGAUUCCCGGGAAGUUACUCCUAUCCGGAAAUUUCGAGUUAUGGGCAUCAGCAAUGGAACAAACGUUGGAUUGUCAAAAAUCCAUCCGUAGAUUAUUGCAUAUGCUACCUUCCGCGCAUUCCGCUCUUCUCUCCAAAUUUCUUCAAUUACUUCGAGCAAUUUCAAAUUCGCCACAGUCAAAAAUGACCGCUCAAUCGUUGGCUGUUUGUGUUGCGCCCAGUCUUCUUGAUAAUCCGAAAGGAGAUUCUGCAACAAGUUGGUUACCAGAUUUGGCCGAAUAUCUUAUUGUUAAUGCACCAUUUCUACUCGAACCAUUCAAGGAUAUUCAACUUGCUAUUUCAUCAUCCGUUUCCAAUGAUUCCGGAUUAUCAGAUGUUGAUUUAUGCUUGGAAACAUCGGUCAGUAAUUCAGAUUCAGGUGUAAUCGGAUCACCCGCAUCCAGUUGUUCCUUAGGCAUAUCACAAUCACCUAAACUAAUUUAUAGCAAGUGGGAGCAUCGUCCUCUACAAACAUCAUCUUCGGGAUGUUUUGUGAGUAGCGUUUCAACAGAAGGUGAAGAAGAAGAGAUUGGUACAGAAGUGGAACAAGAUGACGAUAAGACUCCAGUGCUUUCACGUGAAAAUUCUGAUGUACAAAAUAAGGUAAUAACACCAAUGUGGAAAUGGAAAAAAAGUGAAGAGCAAAGAAAAAUUGAAGAAAAGACAUUUUCACGUGGUCCAUCGAUUUGUUCAAAUUCAUCCAGGAGAAAUACUGAUGAGAAUAGAAGUACCGAAUGGAAGCUUCGGCGGGAAUUUGGUACUUCAUCGCCAUGUCGUCGAAAAAUUGAGGGAAGUCCAGCUUCACUUCAUCGAUCAGGUACACUGGAAGGGAGUCCUUCUUCCAACCGGAAAUCCGUUACAUUUGAUCCAGAAAGCCCAGUGUUAGUGCGUAAAAGUUCGACAAUAAGUACAGGAUCGCUACAUUCCGAUUCAACGUUGCAAACAGUAGUACCAACUGACUUGCCAGAAAGUCCAAUUCUGUUACGUAGAGGUAGUUCAAAGCGAGCUGAGAGAAGUCCAAUAGUGCAAAGAAAGACGACGAAUUCGAUGAUCGAUUCAGGAAUUCAUUUUGCUUCGCCACUUCCGCCUCGUCGAAGAGAAGUGGAAGCACAAGGAUUGAAUUCAUCCUUAACUAGACGGAAAGAUUUAGAAACCAAUUCACAUUCUCCAGUAAUACGUCGUAAGGAAUCACUUUUUUCACAAGUACGACAUGAAUCUUUCAGACGUCAAUCGGAAAAUAACAGUAGCGAGCCUGGACCAUCCAGUAUGCGUGAUAAUGUAACUCGUAAAUAUUCAUUUCCCGAGGGUAAAAUAUGGUAUGUUGAUGAGGGGAGUGCAUAUCAUUAUGGCAAGGAAAGUGUUUUAUUAGAAACAUCUCAGAUGCCAGUGAUAGCAUCACCAAUUCUUCGUACAACUAACACUCAUAAUAAAUUAUUAGUUCGACGUGCAUCGGAGCGUAUUGGGAACGCAGAAACUACUGUAUCAAAACUGUUCUCCAGACAAUCACCGCCACUUAAAUCAGAUUUGAAACAGAGUAGCACUUCUGCAAUAAAUAUUAAUUCAAUUUCCAAUAAAUCUGAAGUUAAUAAUCCUAAAGAUAUCACAGUUAGGUCUAAUCUAGAAAAUCGUAAUCGUGAUAGUAAAAUGGAAAUCUCGAUUACUUCGACCGCUGAAUUUCGUCAUUUAGCAGUUAAUGAGGUCAAGAAGGCAGCAAUCACAAAUAAUAAUCGAAUUCAACCAAAAUCACCAAAGCAAUCACCAAUUAAAGAAGAAGUUAACAAGUAUAAUAGCACUGAAGCAACUGCAAUAUCCGUUAAGAACGAUUUAGGACCACGUAUAUCACUUCAGCAACGUGAAUCAAUAAUAAGUAGUAAUGUUCGAAUCCGAAAAAAGACUCGAAGUAUUUUAAUGGAACCACUGGAAGUGAAUUGGUCUGUGGAUGAAAUACGUUCCAAAUUUCAAAAAGCUUCUGAACCGCCACCAUUUCUUGAUACCAUUUAUUCCACUUAUUCAUUGAAACAAAUAUAG